UAGAGUUGGGUGCUUGUAUUUUUCUUUCAUACCUUGUCUUAACUACCGGAGAGCCAACAUAUCAAGGCAACGUGAACAACUCUGCAAGCAAGACCAUUGUGAACGAACUUGGAGAAGUCUUUGAUUGUGUUGAUAUCUACCGACAACCAGCUUUUGAUCAUCCGUUGAUGAAGAACCAUGUGCUGCAGAUGAAGCCAAGCUCUUAUCCAAAAGGUUUCCCCUUCAAAUAUUCAUCGGCAACUAAUACUACAAAGGCACAACUAGGACGGAUUCCAUGCCCUGCAGGAACUAUUCCAGUAUUACGAAAUAAUAGUGUCGAACGCUUGCCGCAAGAUUUUUCUACCAUUUUGGGAGGCCAGCUGGCCAUAAUCUCAACAUCAGAUAACAUUUAUGGAGCGCAUGCAUCAUUUAGUAUAUGGAAGCCAGUGGUGAAAGGAUAUGGAGAUAUUAGUGCAACAGUCAUGAACGUGUUAAAUGGUCGCCCUGGAGAAGGUCUGGAGGGGAUUGGUGCUGGUUCAUUGGUAUCCAGUAUUUUUGGAGAUCGGUUUGCAAGGUUCCAUGUCUGGGGAAUUGCAGAAUAA